AUGGAGCAGUUCCAUCACGGCCACCACGUGCGCCUGCGCAGCCGCGUGCGCGGCGCGUACCUGCACGCCGACGAGGACGGCCAUGGCGUCUCCCUCCACCGCCGCCGGGAUUCGAUGAACGUAGCCUGGGCGGUUCAUUUGCGCCAGGGUCCUCCCCACGCGCAGUACAUGCACCUCCACAGCGCCGCCUACGGCCGCUACCUCGCCGCCACGACCGUGCCGGCGCCGCUCGGCCACCGCGGGCUCCGCGUCGAGCAGCGCAACUACAACCACCCGGAGGUGACCGCCAUCCUUUGGCUGGCCAUCCGGUCGGAAUCCGGAGACGAAGUCCUGCUCCGACACUUCGACCGCGGCUACCUCCGCGCCAACGGGAGGUACCUCCCCUGGAACAACGGCGCCAGCGUCGACGACGCCGACGUCAACGACACCGGCAACCUCAGCACGAUGACGCACUGGGUCGUGGAGCCCAUCCCCGCCAGGGAGGCCAUGCCUCCCCUUCCACGUCCGACUGGGCUUCCCUUCCCCGACGCCAUGUCGCCGUCGCGGGUGAUCACGUACGCGUGGAGGAGCUUCCGCGGGGACCUCAUCACCAGCGGCUCGAUCGUGUUCAGGGGGAGAUCCGUGUUCCGCCUGAGGGAGGAGCUGGCCAGGCUGCUGGGCGCACUUGCGAUCUUGGGCGUCGACGACAUCAUCAUGUGCCUCCCCACACGCGACGGCCGGCUUUUCCCGCUCGUCGUGGACCUGCCCAGCAGCCGCCAGAGCCUCCACAUCGCCGUCGCCAUCACCAGGACGCCUGGUCACGAUGCGCUGCGGUUCGCGGAUGUCGAUGCAGAGUAG